CCGUAGCUGCACACCGCAGUCAUCCGGUUUCGCUCUUGUCCAGCCGUUUUCUUCGGACCCUGAGCGGAUGUUACCUUUUUUUUCCUCUUUAUUCACACAUUCUAGCCAAGGUUUAUAAUCCAUCCCAGGUACAAGGAAUGAUUGUCAGCGUUUGUAGUCUUUGAAUAUUUGGAAAAGAACGAGCGGGGAGUUGCCACAGCCACGCUACCCCUGGAUAUUAUUCGGAGGUAUGCCAGUGCCAGACCAGCCGUCUCAUCCAGAGAAUUCCAACAUGCUGAGCCCGGUGCUGAACGCUUCCAACGGAGACGGAUCCGAGACGGAGACCACCUCCGCUAUCCUGGCAUCCGUCAAAGAACAGGAGCUGCAGUUUGAGCGGCUGACGCGGGAACUGGAAGCGGAGCGUCAGAUAGUGGCCACUCAGCUGGAGCGAUGCAAACUGGGCUCUGAGACCGGCAGCAUGAGCAGCAUCAGUUCGGCAGAUGAGAAGUUUCGCUGGAAUAAUCAAGACGGACAGAAGGACAUAGAGGAGGAGCUGACCACCGGCCUGGAGCUCGUGGACUCCUGCAUCCGAUCCCUUCAAGAGUCGGGGAUUCUGGACUCUCAGGAUCUGUCUGCUGGAGAACGACCAGGCAUUCUAUCCCAGAGUGCACUGCAGCUGAACGCCAAUCAAGAGGGGAAUUAUCCAUACCCAGCAAGUUACCAUAGCAACCAGACCUUGGCCCUGAGCGAUCUGCCAGGCUCACAGGCUCCGCCCCGAAGUGGGCAGUUGGGAGGUGCCGUACACAGCUACAACCAGGUGACGUCGUCCCGCGCUGCCCAGCUGGCGGCCGGCGAGGCCCAGUCCCGUGACUCCUUCGCCCCGAGCCAUGCCAGUGCGUUCCACAUGCCUGACGGCCAGCAGCCCUCGCCCUACUACUCCUGCUCCACCCUGCCGGCGCAGCGCGUGAGCUCGCCGCUGUCCGUGCAGGCGCUGGGCUCGCCCUCCAAGCUGCAGCGGCUGGGCUCCGUGUCCGACAUGCCCAGCUACGCCACGCUGCAGCGUGUGGGCUCGCCCAAGCAGUCGCCCAGCCGCCUGGCCAAGUCCUACAGCACCAGCUCGCCCAUCAACAUGGCGGCCGGCGGCGCGGGCUCCUCCCCGCUGCACAUGGCGUCCGGCGUGGGCCAGGGCGGCGGCGCGUCACCGCUCCACCAGCUGAGCUCGGCCGUGGGCAGCUACGCCACGCUGUCGCCCACCAAGCGCAUUCUGCACUCGGACCAGUACAAGAUCUCCCAUGAGCUGUACGCCAACGCCACGCUGCAGAGGCCUGGCAGCCUGGCAGGAUCCAGGGGCUCGUACAGCAGCCAGCACAGCCACCUGGGCUCUGAGCUGCGGCCUCUACAGUCCCCUGAGCACCAUAUCGACCCCAUCUACGAGGACAGGGUCUACCAAAAGCCCUCCCUGAGGAACUUCAGCCAGAGCCAAGACCCCUCCAUGAACCAGUUCUGUGAUCAGGUCCUGAACUUUCUUCUCUGUCCCUACUCUCCCGCCAUAGCCCCGCCCUCCCCUGCUGUCGACCCAAUCCCCUUGCAGCGCACCGCCAGCCAGAGCGCCACGGGCACCUUCCCCCGGGGCGGCUACAGCAGCGCGGCGGCCUCGGCGGCCGACUACGCCAACCCCUACCGCACGCUGCAGUUCUGUCCCACCACCGACUCCCCCUACAGCAAGUCUGGCCCCACACUGCCCCCGGAGGCCACCCUGGUACGCUCGCCCUCGGUGGACAGCAUCCAGAAGGACCCCAGGUACGACCCUGAAUUCCUUGUGUGGAAUCAAAAUCAAGCCGAGCAGAGACUGACAAAGGAGUUUGGCUGGAGGGAUCCAGAGCUGCCGGAGGUUAUUCAGAUGCUGCAGCACCAGUUCCCCUCGGUGCAGUCCAACGCCGCAGCCUACCUGCAGCACCUGUGCUUCGGAGACAACAAGAUCAAGGCCGAGAUCCGCAGGCAGGGUGGGAUCCAGCUCCUAGUGGACCUUCUGGACCACCGUAUGACGGAUGUGCACCGCGCCGCCUGCGGAGCCCUCAGGAACCUGGUCUAUGGCAAAGCCAACGACGACAACAAGAUCGCCCUGAAGAACUGCGGCGGCAUCCCAGCCCUGGUACGACUCCUGCGCAAGACCACCGACGUGGAGAUCAGGGAGCUGCUCACAGGCGUGCUGUGGAACCUGUCGUCGUGUGACGCUCUGAAGAUGCCCAUCAUCCAGGACGCGCUGGCCGUGCUGACCAACACGGUCAUCAUCCCGCACUCCGGCUGGGACACCUCGCCGCACCAGGACGACCGCAAGCUGCACCUCCACUCCUCACAGGUGCUCCGCAACGCCACUGGGUGCCUCAGGAACGUGAGCUCGGCCGGCGAGGAGGCGCGUAGAAGGAUGCGUGAGUGCGAGGGUCUGACCGACGCGCUCCUCUACGUCAUCCAGACGGCCCUGGGCAGCAGCGAGAUCGACAGCAAGACUAUAGAGAACUGCGUGUGCAUCCUGAGGAACCUGUCCUACCGGCUGGCGGUGGAGACGUCCCAGGGUCAGCAGCUGGGCUCGGAGGAGCUGGACGGCGUGCUGUGCGGCGAGGCCAGCGGCAAGGACGGAGAGAGUUCCGGCUGCUGGGGCAAGAAGAAGAAGAAAAAGAAGGGCCACGACCAGUGGGAUGGCGUGGGGCCGUUCCCCGACUCCAGCGACCCACCCAAAGGGCUGCAGAUGCUGUGGCACCCGUCCAUUGUGAAGCCCUACCUCACGCUCCUGUCCGAGUGCUCCAACCCCGACACUCUAGAGGGCGCCGCCGGGGCUCUACAGAACCUGGCAGCUGGCAGCUGGAAGGUAGGCCCCGCUCCCAAACCAUGGUCUGUAUAUAUUCGGGCAGCCGUGCGUAAGGAGAAAGGCCUGCCAAUCUUGGUGGAGCUGCUGAGGAUAGAUAAUGACCGUGUGGUGUGCGCCGUGGCCACUGCCCUGCGCAACAUGGCCCUGGACGUGAGGAACAAAGAGCUCAUCGGUAAGUACGCCAUGCGGGACCUGGUCCACCGUCUGCCGGGAGGCAACAACAACAACAGCAGUGGUGGAGCCCCGGCCAGCAGCCUGGCGGGGAAGACCAUGUCGGACGACACCAUCACGGCCAUCUGCUGCGCCCUGCACGAGGUCAUCACCAAGAACAUGGAGAACACCAAGGCCUUACGGGAUGCCGGCGGCAUCGAGAAGCUCAUCGGUAUCGCUCGCAGCAAAGGCGACAAACACUCUCCUAAGGUGGUGAAAGCAGCCUCACAAGUCCUUAACAGUAUGUGGCAAUACAGGGACUUACGAAGCCUCUACAAAAAGGACGGAUAUUCUCAGUAUCACUUUGUGGGCUCCUCCUCCACGAUAGAGAGGGACAGACAACGGCCUUACUCCUCCUCCCGGACCCCCUCCAUCUCUCCCGUCAGGACGUCCCCCAACAAUCGAUCCGACAACAAGGGCGAGCACACCUCCAGGAAAGAUGCCAUGGCAGCUCAGAUAUCCAGUGGAACAUCAACACUGUACCGCGGGGCGUAUGUGUCUCCUGGAGAUGACUUGAAACACAACCAGGUGCCGGUGCAGGCCAACCUGCCGGACGCCUACCCUCCGUUCCAGACGCCGCCCGGCGCCAACUACGAGGAGGGCUUUUACGAGGACCAGGUGCUUCAGCGUCCCCAGCCCAACGCCGACGGCACCAUGACCCUCGGACUCAAAUCCACCGGCAACUACGUGGACUUCUACUCGGCGUCUCGCCCCUACAGCGAACUCAACUACGAGACCAGUCACUACCCGGCCUCACCAGACUCCUGGGUGUAG